AUGUCGAGCCAUGGCGACGAGGAUGAAACGCACGGUGAAGAAAAGGACAGAAUAGUCGUAAUCAUGGGCGCCACCGGCACGGGCAAGUCCAAUCUGUCUAUAGAAUUGUCCGCCGCAUUUUCCGGCGAAGUCAUAAAUUCCGACAAGAUUCAAGUCUACCGCGGCCUCGACAUCGUCACGAACAAAAUCUCGAGGGAGGAGAGUCGCGGCGUGCCGCACCAUUUGUUCGACGCGUUCGAUCCCGCCGCCGGCGAGAUGUCUGCCUCUGACUUUCAAGCCUUGGCGAGCCAGACAAUCCGCGACAUAGCCGCCCGCGGCUGCAUCCCCAUCGUCGUCGGAGGGUCGAACUCGUUCGUCUUCGCGUUGCUCACGGGUCUGUGCGAUCCCGAACACUACGCGUCGCUCGAGCAUCGAUUGGAUGAGCUGCGGUACGACGGCUGCUUCAUUUGGAUGCAUGUGGAUGCAGAGGUGCUAACAGAGAGCCUCGAUCGGAGAAUCGAUGGGAUGGUGGAGAGGGGCAUGGUGGAGGAGCUGGAUCGUUACUUCGCGACCGAAGAAGGUUCCAAGAAUCAGCAUCCCGGGCUGGGGAAGGCCAUCGGGGUGUCGGAGUUUCGGGCCUACUUCACCGGGGAAGAUGGGCGAACAGAGGAGGCGUUUGAGGCGGCCCUUGCGGCCAUGAAGGCCAACACACGGGAACUGAUGGAGAAGCAGGUUAAGAAGAUCGAGCAACUGGCGUCGCUGGGAUGGCCGUUGCUGCGGAUGGACGCGACGGCGGCCGUGGCGGCCAAGCUGGCCGGGGUGCCUGACGCAGCCGUGGCCGAGGCCUUGGAGACUGACGUGGUGGGGCCGAGCAAGGCUGCUGUGGCAAGGUUUCUUCAAGGACUAAACGCUCAUUCUUCUUCUGAUUGAUGUGGACUUAAUUUGUACUCAUCGUAAUUAAAUAAAUGAUUAAAGUAUUGCGUGAUUAA